AUGGAGCUCCCCUUCUGGGAUGACCAGCAACAUAUACGCGCCAUGUCGCUCGACGUGACGCUGCGCAUCGACGCGGCCCUCGACGCGACGAAACUGCGCUCUUCGCUGGAGAAGCUGCUGGCAACAGGCAACUGGCGUCGUCUCGGCGCGAGACUGAGGAAGAAUAACGGAAAACUUUGCUACCAGAUUCCAGCAGAGUAUACGCCCUCGCAACCAGGCGUGAUCUUCACAACAGACCACCACGAGAUCCCCUUUGUCCAGCAUCCGCUCGCAGACAAGUUCCCCGUCGCGACAGAGACCCCGACCGUGUUCGACUCGCCCGCUGCCAUCGCCACUCUCCUGCGUGCCGCCGACGCCCCCAGCAGACUGGCGGACUGGACGGAGACCGACCGGCCCCAGCUGGCGGUGCAUGUCGUGCGCUUCACCGACACGACGCUGCUCACGCUGACAUUCAUGCACACGCUCACCGAUGCCAUGGGGCUGGCUGGGUUCCUGCAUGCCUGGACGGCUGUCAUGCGGGGAGAAGGCGUUCCGGAUCUCUAUCAUGGCGAUCCGUUGCAGAAGCAGUUGGAGAUGGAGAAAGGGGAGGACUUCAUCCAUUCGUCUCGUCUGCUGCAGGGCUGGCGCUUCAUGCUCUUUGUCUUUUGGUAUAUCUUCGAGCUAUUCUGCUACCGCGACGAGAUGCGCACCGUCUGCAUUCCGGCGUCGUACGUCGACAGGCUGCGCAACGAAGCGCUCGCCCAACUCCCUCAAUCGACCUUUGUCAGUCAUGGAGAUGUCCUUCUCGCCUGGUGGUUGGGGGUCGUCGUGCGUGCGCAGAACCUCUCCCCGUCCCAGCCCAUCACGGUGAUCAAUGUCUUCGACGUGCGAGACAUCCUGCAACAUACACAACACACCCGUGUGCUUUCCAACAUGACUCUCCCGUCUUAUACCUUCCUUCGGGCGCGAGACUGCGAGACGCUGAGCCUGACGGCAUGGAAAGUCAGACAGUCGCUGCUUGCUCACCGCACGACACCGCAGAUCGAAGCCUCCUUCUACACGCAGAAACACUCUCUCCUGCGGACGGGCCAUCUGCCGGUCUUUGGCGAACCGGGCAUGUUCCUCUUUGCUGUGUCCAACUGGCACAAGGGAAGGCUGUUUGUCGAUUUCUCAGCUGCUGCACAAGACACAGACGGUGCAAAGAAAGCAAAGACAGUCCAGGUCAUCUGUUCCGGCACGGCAGAUGGCUUCUCAGUCCGCAAUGCUGGGCCGGUCAUCGGCCAGGAUCCCGACGGGAACUGGUGGUUGUCUUUUACCCUACGCAGGGAGACGUGGAGGAAGGUCGGACGCAUCUUAAACACCGUCUAG